AUGAGUACUCCAAGGAAGACCGCCGGUGAAAACGAAGAUACAGAAGUUUCAGAGAUUAGAACCCCUUUUCGGGAGAGAGCCCUUGAAGAACAACGUCUCAAGGAUGAGAUACUGAUUAGGAAUACGCCAGGUUAUAGAAAACUUUUAUCCGCUUCUACCAAGUCUCAUGACAUCCUUAAUAAAGAUCCUGACGAAGUACGAAGUUUUUUGCAAGACUUAAGCCAAGUGUUGGCACGCAAAUCCCAAGGCAACGAUACAAAAACUGACAAGACUCAGGCACGGAACCUAAUAGGUGAACUAACGUACGAGGAGAACCGGGUAGAGGAAGAUGAGUUUCUUCAGAGCAGGAAUGAGAAUACCACAGAUAACAGCAUUAACGAUGAAACGCAAGCAGGUUAUACUUCGUUAUCACAAACCGUAUUUGCACAAUUGCAAGAAAGAGACAAGGGUCUGAAAAGUAGAAAGAUUGAUCCGAUCAUUAUACAAGACGCUCCCAUGACAGGACACGAAGAUGAGUCGAUAGUAUACUCUUCGGAUAAUGCUAACAAUAUCUCUAUGGACGUUUUGGAUACAUUGCCAGGCAUUGGAAUGGAUCAAAAAGAUGAACCGCCAGUACGUGAUCCGGAACCAACUUCUACAACGCAACAGGAAGAAGCACUAUCUGAAGUGUUACCAAGCGACGACAAAAAGGAAGUAGAAGAAGAGGUGGAAAACGAAGAAUAUUUGUUAACAAAUGCCAGUGACGACGAUUUGGAUGACAUAGGCAAUGAUCCUGAGCGUUUAAAUAUCCCGGCAGUGAGGCGUUCUUCUGUAAAACCGCUACAGAUAAUGGAUUUAAAGCACCUUACAAGGCAAUUUUUGAAUGAGAAUGAAAUAAUAUUACCGAAACAAACGUGGUCUACUAUGCAGGAAGAGUCUUUAAAUAUAAUGGAUUUUUUAAAACAAAGAAUCGGCACCUUGCAAAAACAGGAUCUUGUAGAUUCAUUUAUUGAUAUGGGUGUUAUCAAUAACGUUGAUGAUAUGUUCGAACUCGCGCACGAAUUGCUUCCUCUAGAACUUCAAUCGAGGAUUGAAAGUUACUUGUUUUAA